AUGGCCUUCAGACAAACACCUCGACUGGCGACAGGAGCCGCACGCCGCGCUCUUCUCGACACGAUAUACGCAAGGUUCAAAGGUCUCGAAAAAGGAUCCAAAGAAUACACGGAGCUAGCAGAAUCGGGCAGAGUAUGGGAGGAGUACCACCAGCCAGGCGACUUUGUGAAGAUGGGCUACUUGAAGUGCCGAGAGGAUGCAGCUGAGACCCUCGCCCAGAUCGACGACUUCAGGAAAUCUAUGCGGUGUCCUGCGAGCAAACGGGGUGCCCAGAUGGUUCCCUAA